AUGGAAGAAAAAAUUGAAUAACAAAAAUAUUUAAUAAUUAAAGCUAAAUUAACUAUCGAUAAAUUAAGGGCAGACCUAGCUGAAAGAAUUCAAUAAUUGCAGAAUGAAAAAAAAAGAAUGAAAAUCUAGAACAAAUUGUCAAUAAAUAUUUGGGAGAUGAAAAGAAGAUUGUAUGUGAAAGAGUGUUAGCCAAAGUAAAAGUAGAAGAAAUCGAAUGGAUAUGUAAUAAAAAUAAUGGAAUUGAAUGGAUAAGAGAGAGCGAAUUCAAUCAACAACUAAAUUCAUAAAUGCAUGAACAUAUCAAAUUACUAGAUUAUUCUAAUUCCAAAGAUGAUAUUUUGGUUGUUUCCUAACAAUACGAUUAGAGAAUGAAAAUAUUACAUUAAGAAUGUUAUUAGAUUGAUAAGAAAAAAUAAGAAAUACUUACUUUGCUUUUUGAUUUAUAAAACGAAUUUGACAAGUAUAAAUAGGAAAUCAUACUAAAUAUUAAUGAAUUAGUAAAUUAAUCUGAAGAAAUCAGAGAAACAAUCUUAACAUUAGUUGAUUAAAGCACCGAUUGCGAGGCAAAAAUUAAACUGCUAUUUUUGUAGUUAUUGAAAGUAAAUUACUAUAUAAACUAAGUCUUGUAGUCCAUAAUUGCAUUCUCUUAAAUAGCACUUAAUUACCUUAAAUUAAACAAUAUAUGAGUUAAUCUAAUAAUAGUAGGAGUAAAAUAAUUUGAUAGAGUAACAAGCGAAGGAGCAGAAAUAAAGACUACUUGAAAUUGAAGAGGAAAGAAAAAUGGAAAGAAAAAAAAGUAUGUUUUAUAUAAUUUAAAAACAAAAAUCUAGAAUUUUGAAAAUGGUAGAUAGUAAAUUUAAUUAUUAGAAAAUAACUUAGAUUAACUAACUAAGGAAUUGAGAGAAAAAAAUAUUAAAAUUGAUCUAUUAUGUUAAGAGAAUCAAAAGAAUGCAAAAUUUUAAUAUAUUAAAAUAUUAUGUUACACUUUUUUACACAGGAAUAUUCAGUAAUUAUAUCUAAUAAUCUAAUUGCAACUGUUUUAUAAUUUACAGAAGCUGAACAUGCAACAAUUUAAUAGGCAUGGGAAAGGGAUACUAAGUCUUUUUCGAAUAGAAUUUUCACAUGAGAAUGGUAAUUAAGAAUUAUUUAUUUUUUUAUAAUAAUAAAAAAAAAUAUUUGACUUUUGA